AUGGCCUUUAGUGCUUCAUCAUCAUCUACAUUGGAACGUUCUUCAACUCAUUAUAAGGACGGUACACAUUCUAUGAAGUGGACAUGGACUAGUGGCAAGGAAUUCACACAUAAAAGCUUAAAAGCUGCCUCAAAGAAAGGUUUAAAGCGUUCCAAUUAUCUGCAGCAAAGUUUAAUAUAGUCCAAGGUCCCACUUUCUAGAAACGGAAGAUUUACUGAUAUUAUGCUUAGAUCUAGUAUUAACAGCUAAGUCAAUAGUCUCAGAUAAGAAGAUACUUGAAAAAAAGCUAGUGACAUCAUAGGAGACUAAAAACAUAUCACUAAAGUAAAGUAAAGUGUAGGGUUAAGUCUUUUUGAGCGCCUUCCAAAAUUUCUUUUCAUUUCCUUGACUUUCUUGAAUGCUGAGGGAAUUAGGGACAAAUCUGCUGUAAUGGAUUUGACUACUUCGAAAAUCAAUCAUUUUCCAAAGGGAGGGUGCUGUUGUAAGUUGUGUCCAAAAUAUUUAUUUAUAUAUUUAGUUCUAAGAAUUUUUUUGGCCGAUAACACAAAGUAGUGUUCGAAAUGUAUGAUAGAUAGAAUAAAAACUAUCUUCUAUUGAAAUCUUUCUAGGGCUGGCGUGCCGGGUGGGUUAGUUACGAUGAAGGUCUUUUGAAUGGUCGAGCUGACAUGACCACUAUGAAGAUAACUGCUCCAACAACUUCAGAGACCGCUCAUCCAUUGUACUUUGAUCUUAUUCGCCUGGUCGAAAAAUUAUCUAGGCAGUCACGUGACAUAGUCGUUGCAACACUCGACCCAAACCUGUACAAUCCAAAUAAUUUCUGGCAGCAAACGUACCGAUGGAGUCAGGUUAGUUUUGUUUAUUUAGCCUUUCUUUGGUUUAAGUUUUGUUAACUUGUCAUUCUAUCUACCCUACAAGCAAAUGUUCUGCUCAGAAAAUCAAGAGAGGGCUGCGAUAAAGAAAACAAGAGCUCAACCAAGGCGUUCAAAACUACCUUUUCUUUUCAAUUUUUCAAUGCUCUUGAAAUUAAAUUUGAUUUAAAAAUACACUUCUGAAUAUGAGUUUAUCCAAGAGAACGAGAAUAAGAUUUCAUGACGAGAAUAGAGAGAGCCUGGCCGCUAGAGAGGAGUGGCCUGUAAGUGAGCAUGGUUUCUUAUCAAGCCAUUUGCAUAUUAACACGAAACAUUUUGUGUCACAAGGCAACUCCAACAACUAUAGACACUACCAUGACUCCAAGUAUGGAAAAAUUGUCUGACCUGACCUUGAUCGAGAAGAGAUUGGACAACUGGUUCCUGAAGCAGUCACAGACUUCAACUCAAUUUACAGGAAACGUAAAGAAACGAUGGGAUUCGCUUCAAGGCGACGUGAACGAUGCACUCACAAAGUUUGCUUCACUGAAUGUUGCCAAAAGUACUUCAAGUAACAUCAUCACAGGUGAAAAAAGGCUCAACCAAAAGAUUUCUAUAAAGAAUCGAUUAAGUACAAACAUGGUAAAUAUUUCAGUAAAUAGGAUGAGGUCGUUAAACCGAAAUCUGUGAAAGAUACUUUCAUAUAUCCAUCUUCAAAGAUUUUUAAAUGUUUUACGAUUAAAAUUAAGUUAACAAAAUUGAAUAACUAAACAACAAAUGUCCUGGGCUUUAAGAAAAGAAGAUUAGAUAACUAUGCUAACGAAGGAAUACUUAGCACACAACCUCAUUUUCCAAAAAAAGGACGACAAAAUCACACACCCAAUUUAAUCAGUAUAUAAAAGGAUGUGUAUCAUUCCUUUAAGUGUAUUGUUUUGAUGUAUUUCACCCUGUAGGUGCCCCACUCUAUUGUGACAGGUCGGAAUUUUCCGCCGAAAAAUUUGGUUAUGUCGUGGAAGAAGUUCUUCUUCCGCUGGCACUGGAUUAUCACGUGAGAUCACGAACCAAUGAGGUGGAUGCUGUAGCCUCUGCAGAGGUGACUAAUCUGAAUGGAGAUACCAGUGUUUUUAACGCUGCUGUUAAGGUAUGAAGAGUUUGGUGGAGGUACUUUCAACAGGUGACAUGAAAAACAACAAAAUUAUCUUACAGUCAGUCCAGAAUUAAAGAUCACUCCAUUUGGGAAGCUUCGGGAAAAUGUAGCUUUCCUAAUUUAUCUAUAUUUUUUAUUUCACUUACAUUAUGUUUAGCCUUUCUUUCUUUACCCCUUUUAUUUUUUCUUUUAGUAUAAGAUGUGUUCAAAAAGGAGUUCUUUUAAAAUUAAAUUUCUCUACGAGGUUUUUCCAGACUUAAAUAAAGAUUACAGUCUUAGUUAACAAUAAUAACAACAAUAACGUUUAUUAUUUGUAUUGCGCCUUUUCUAUAAAAUAUUCAAAAGCGCAUCACAACAGUAAUUAAUAACUAAAAAUUUUACAAAUCUUUCUGUAAAAAUCAUAAAAAAAUAUUUAAAAGAUAAUUACAAAUAAAGGUAUAGAUAAACUAAGAUAACUGAAAUGAUUCUUUAAAUAAAAAUGUCUUAAUUAAAGUCUUAAAAGAUUCUAAGUUCGUUGCUUCGCGCGCGGACCUUGGCAGCUUAUUCCACAGAAAAGGAGCAGCUACCUGGAAAGCUCUGUCUCCCAAUGUUUUCUUUGUUUUCACACUUUGUCCUUCCAACAAACGACCAUUGUCGUUGCGCCUCAAAUGGUAGGACGAAGGCUGUUGAAUACUAAUUAAAUCUGAAAGGUACUUAGGUGAUAGGCCAUGCAAAAUUUUAAAAGUUAUCAAGAGUAUCUUAUAACGUAUCCUGGAGCGCACUGGUAACCAAUGUAACUCUGCGAGUAGAGGUGUUAUAUGACAGAACUUGUGCCCACGAUAUAUAAGUCUUGCACUCGCAUUCAUAACACGUUGCAAUUUCAUAGUCUGAUAUUCCGGGAUUCCAAGGCUAGGUUACAAUUAUUGCUACCCGGGACCAUCAUUACGAAAACAUUAAGUGAGAGGUCAUUUAUGGCGGUUGCUCCUAAACUUAGGAACAAGCUCGCAACUCAUAUUAAGAGCAGUAAAUAUUGUACUUAUUUCAGAGAAUAGCGGGUGAUAAUUCAGAUAUGCAACAGGCAUUUACUACUGCUUUGGGUUCAGCGAAUCCAUCAUACACAGAGAUGAAAGUCAAAGAGGCCAUCACUGCUCUUAAUACCAAGCGGAAACAACGAUUGAUGCUUCUUCUUGAUUACAUUGAGGAUCAAGGUUGGUAAGUUUAGGUUUAACUAUUAUAAUUUACAAAUGUCAGUUUCAUAAAAUGUGACAACAUGAGCAAAAGGUAUUUUCCUAAACAUAGCAUUUGAGUUUUCACUCUUAGCUAACACCUAUCGCAUAGGCCACACAAAGUACCAACAUAGAACCAUAUUCAACGAAACAACCAAAAGAGCCAUUGUUAGCUCUACCAAUGGAUCCCUUCCCUGAUCCAAUCGGCCACACAAUACAUGAACUUGUACCAAGACCUUAACUCCUACAAAGUGUAAAUACUCUUUUUUCUUUCUCUUACGUUUCAGGUUUUACUGAGGGCAGUGCAAUUGGAUCCUUGGAUCACGAAAUGAACAAUGCAGGAGCGAGUUACAUGAAUUCAGUUUAUUUGUUAAAGCAAGUUCUGCAAGAUGCAGGAAAAAAGGAGAAUUAUGUCGCGACUAUGAAGUGGUACAGUGACUUUGGAGAAGUAUAUCAAGAUCCAUUUGAGUACGCUGGAACAACUGCUGAUCGAAUGAGAACCAUUUCGAUUUUUCGGUAGGUUACACUUAAUACCAUAUUAACUUUUCCAUACCAUUCCACACCUCCACAUCUUACAAUUAAUCAGUAAAUAUUUUUUAAGACACCUGUAGCCUGUAGGGUUUUGUUGAGGGCUUUUCUCGGUACUUUUACACUCAACUUUAACAGUGUAGGCCAGCUAAUCCAAUCACUAAAGGGCUAUAAAAAUGGUGUAUUGUUUCACCAUGAAAUCAGCUCAGCUUCCGUAGUCACUGUGUACGGAAAUCUUUUUACCCAUUGGGUUUUCCUUCGCGAACGUCCAGUCCAUAUUUUUAAAUACUAAUACUAAUAACAACAACAAUAAUAAUCGAAACUUGAACAUUGGAAUAGGCUACACAGUACCUAAUUUUUAAACCUAAGUCCCCCUUUCAGUGUCCUGUGAACAUGUUGCAUUUAUCGUUACAUUCUGUUAUUUCGCAGUUUGUCUGCUGUUUUUAUGAUGCCUUCCUCUACAGCAGAAGAAAAACACGCGAAAAGCCGCGACAUGGAAGCGCUUGUUCAAUGGUACUCGAACGCUCUGUCAACUAAUGAAGGAUUAGCUGGUGUCCUAAAGCCUGAUUUCCUUGGGUUUCAUCACAAUGGCUACUACGCUUCUGCUUAUACACCACACGCCGUGCACAUGGUAGCCUGCGAGCAAGCUCUCCUAUUUGGGCGAGCGAAGCGAGCCUCGCGAGAACGCGCGAGCGAGGGGCCGAGGAAAGGAGAGCUUGCAACCAUCUCUCAUAAAUUUUCAUUUCCACCCCGGAAACCCCGGGACUCCACAAAGCGCGAAAAUUGCCACCGCAAACGUGCAGCAGAUUAGAAAAGUGACAACCGCCUGUCAAGUAAGUUUAGACAGCCGAGGGCACGUAGAAUAAUUUAUUUAUAAUUCGCUUUCGCAACAGCAAUAAAGCAAUGUUUUUAAUAUCACUGAUAUAUAUUUUUUUUUUCACGGGGACAUCGAACUUCAACGUGUCCGCUCGGAUAAGAACUCACUACUUUGAUUCUCGUUUCGUUUACUUUUGAAAGGUCGUCCAUACUGCAGCGUAGAAGACUACUCCCCAUCGCAAUCACCAACAAAAACAUCAUAUAUUUGUCCGUCUGGAACUGGAGAAUAGCGUUUUUCAGCACUUGGUUCUCUUAAGGUUUACUCCAGUUGCUUCCAACUCUUUCUCUUUUCCUUUUUACGAUCAAGCUACACAGCUACACUGUCAAGUACAUGUUUCUGAAUUUUUCUACCCAGUAGAAUUCAAUCGGGCGAAGAAACCGAUGUUGGAAGGCAGCGCUUUAAUCACUCUUCACUUUCACUCUCCCGGUUUUCAGAACUAAACAAGGCGCUUGACACAAAUGAAUACAACUGAUGAAGGGUUUUCAUUUUCCUUCCACAAGAACUACAAACUCGGUCCGACUUAUCCUCGGCACGCAAUAUUCUCUUUGCGAGAAUUACAACAAACGAGCCCGUCUGCAUUGAGCGCUGAAACAAGUUCUCGGUACCAAUCUGAUCCCCCUGAGAACCAAAUUUGACACAAAGACGAAGCGGGUGCCAGCUUGUCCUGUUAUCAAUCAACUUUGAUUUCCGGAACGUCAUUUUUCAGCCAAUGGUAUUUCCCUUCGUCAGGGCGAAGUACAAAUGAAAAUUUGUAAGGGAUGGUUGCAAGCUCUCCUUUCCUCUGCCCCUCGCGGCUUCGCCGCUCGCUCGCGCGUUCUCGCGAGACUCGUUUCACUCGCCCAAAUAGGAGAGCUUGCUCGCAGGCUAUGCACAUGGGAGCACUCAUCCAAUAUCUGCUCAGCGGGACCGCGUUUGCAUUGGGUGAGAAAACAUCACAAGUAGCAAUACUUCGACGAGGCUAAAAUGUUUGAUACCAAGUCAAUCAAGUACAAGUACUUUAAUAUUGAAUGGCCACUAUUUCGGAGUAUCAUGUACUAGGGUACUGUGACUGUUAAAAUCUAUCUUGCCAUACAAAGAAGUUUAGUUUUUAAUAUCUUAUGUUAUUCAAUAGUUAGGUAGGAAAUAACUGCCCUAAAACUCAGUAAUGCUUUAUUUCAGUUUAUUUAUUUAUUUAUUUAUUUAUUUUUGUUAUUUAAAGAUGCCGAGACAAUGCAAAACAUAAAGAAAGGACUGGAGAUCAUGAGGGUCGUUUCAGUCAAGUAUUCCUCACCGAACAGUGUUUCAGGCCGAUUUCCAAGAAUAACCCGUGCAAUUCUUUCCAAAAAUUUCCCUGGUUUUGCCUAUUACGCUGCGACUGCUCCAAAUCUCAACACGGAUGGAUCUCUAGGAGAAAUUGCUGCCAUUGACAGUGAAAACAUCAAGCCAUUUUUGCGACUAUUUGACACAGGUUACAAUGUUUUUUUUUCACUUCUUUUAGGCCUUGCUUUUUGUGCACAAUGAUCAAUUCAGUAAUCAGUUGUUUGGCUAACAGAAUCAGUUUGACUUUCAAUUCUGCAAAGAUGAAGCUGAAAAAUAGCAAACAUUGUUGAAGAUAAUAUAUGCUUUUUAAAUGUACCUCAUCUACUGCAGUCGAGAGAAUUGCUAGAGACUGAAGAAUGAGACUUUUGCAACAACACCGCAACUGAUUCCAAUUAUGCCCCUUUUAAACAGCGAUGUAAGGAAACAGCGACCCUUUUUGUUGCCUGGUAAGUGACAACAAGGAGGGGUGGGUGGGGGGAGAGCUUCUCCCCAUUGUUUGUCUCAUGUUUUACGCAUUUAACAUAAAGAUUAAAGGUAAAAAAGGACAGUUUGAUUAAAUAAUUAGUUAGCUUCUCGACUAACUGAAUUUAACAGUGAACAACUGAUAGUUGCAUCUUUUCACUGCAGGUGAAAGUAGUGUCAAUGACUACUUGGCGGACGGAACAAUUUUUACUUCAAUUUAUUACUUGAAUUCACUUGGCUCUAUAAACAUCAUGGAAGAUAUUAAAAGCAAAGCAAUGACAAUGAGUAUCGAAGCUGAAGCCUCCCCUAAGGGAUUAUGGGCUCUUAAUUACGCAGCUCUUGUAGUGUACAGGCGAUCUGAUUGGGCCGUCUCUGUCAAAGGAUUCAAUAACUAUGUUUGGGACUUUGAGGCAUCGGGCAACCAAAACGUGUAUGGAAUAUACCAGAGUCACGGAGCACUUCUGGUUGCAAACAGUGAGGCGGCCCUUCAAACUCACGAUACAGACAACGGCUGGGACUGGACACGACCCGGGCACCACCACUAUCAAAUUGCCGCUCGCGGAUUUGAUCAGAGGAAGUAA